AUGAGCACAGGCAGGUUCUUCAGAACUGAGACUCUCUACUGGCUGUUGGAUGUGGGCAACGUGACUGCAUGCCUUUCCCAGGGCUCAGUCUUGCAGCCUGCCUGGGACUACCUCCACCUGAACCACCACGACCUCCUGAGGAGCCCACUCUUCCCUGUGGGACUCUCCAUCUCCACCUACUUCUUUCUGGUUGGGAUUUAUACGGUGCUGGAUCUGCUGACUCCCACCUGGCCCUGCAUACGACGCUACAGGCUCCACCACGACAAAGUCGUCACGUGGCCUAACAUAUGGACCACACUGAGUGUGACCAUCUACAACCAUCUGCUCUACAUCUUUCCUGCUGCCAUUGCACAGUGGCUUUGGAGGCCGCCCACACCGCUGCCACGCGAGGCGCCCACUCUCUUGGCCUUCCUUCUCGGCAUCCUGGGGUGCAUGGUUGUCUUUGACUUUCAGUACUAUCUCUGGCACCUGUUGCACCACCGGGUUCCUUGGCUCUACCGCACCUUCCACGCCGUGCACCACCAGUACAACCAACCAUUCAGCCUGGUUACACAGUACCUCUCUGGCUGGGAACUGAUCAGUGUGGGAUUUUGGGCCACAGUGGACCCCAUUCUGCUUCAAUGCCAUUGCCUCACCACAUGGGGCUUCAUGGUCUUCAACAUCUACGUUUCAACCGAAGACCACUGUGGUUACAACUUCCCGUGGGCUAUGCAUAACCUGGUACCCUUUGGCCUUUGGGGAGGUGCUCCUCAGCACAAUGUGCACCAUCAGCACCCCGGAACUAACUUUGCUCCGUUCUUCUCGCACUGGGACUGGCUAGCGGGUACCCACGCUGUGCCAACUCCCCCCGGUGAGGCUACGACAGGGAAGCCAGUUCAGACAAAUGAGGAAACAGACUAA